GGCUGAGUCCAACCCAGAAGCUGCCUAAACUCCACUGACGCUGGAGCUCUCACCCUCUGACAUGAAGGUCUCUGCAGUGCUUCUGUGCCUGCUGCUCUCAGCAGCCACCUUCAGCCUCCAAGGGCUUGCCCAGCCAAAUGGGCUUAGUACCUCAACCUGCUGCUAUAAAUUCACUAACAAGAUGAUCCCUAAGCAGAGACUGGAAAGUUACAGAAGAAUCACCAGCAGCUAUUGUCCCCAGGAAGCUGUGAUCUUCAAGACCAAACUGGCCAGGAAUGUCUGUGCUGACCCCCAGCAGAAGUGGGUCCAAGACUCCAUUGCCUACCUGGACAAGAAAGCCCAAAAUCCAAAGCCUUGAACAUUCAUGCCUGAACUGAAGACAAGCCAAAACUUGAGGAACAAAUUAUUUAUAUCGCCUAUCUCUUCUGAGAUGUGUCCUUAUUUUAUUAUAGAUCUAAAGAAUAAUAUAAUAAUGUAAGUCAUAGUUGUUUUUAAAUAAUGGUUUUUAAAUACUCUUAAUAAUUUAAUUUGCCAUAGAUGUUGUUGGGCUUUAAAUGUAAAACCUUAACGUCAUCACGUUUCCUCAGUACCCUUCAAAAUUUCAGGGUGCUCCUCUGCUCUCUACCUCAAUACAGUAUGAUGAAAGUCCUUGUAAGAAUCAAUGCAAAGUUGUUGUCUUUUAUUAAUUUUGGAAGAUGGUGUCCCUAUGAAAUCAUUAUGUUGUGGAAUUAAAUAUUUUUUAUGUAUGA